CGCGCCACUGCAUUGUCUGUUGUCAGGAAGUUCAGUCGCCUAUUUGUCCCCAGUAGUAGUACAUGUACAACAAAUGUGAUUUUUGUGAGUUGCUUGCAUACUAUCUCAGAAAUGAGGCGAACAAGGAGUUGCAAAGCGAAAAAAGAAGGAACUGCACAGAAUGAGACCUCAAAUACGUCAGUUGUAUGGCAGUGGGAGGGGGACGACGGGCAAUGGGAACCCUAUUCGCCCACAGUCUGCACUCAGCUGGACGCAGCUGUGAAGGCAGGGGAGGCUUGUGUCACGUUAAACCAUGUGCCUGGAGGCCGAUAUGAGGCUGAUAUUGUCAACAUGGUCCAAAUCAACCUGGCUACAAAGUACAAGAGGAAGAUUCGCUCACAGGCGGUUAAACCAGAGAACCUUGAUGGAGGUGAUGUCGGCAACGGGAACCUUUUGGGUGACAGUACUGGCCAGAUGAAAACAGAGGAUGAAGAGCUGCCUGUGGUCAAAAAGAGACGGGGUGCAGGAGGGAGCCACAAAUCAGGCAAGAAGGUCCCUACAAAUGAAAGUGAAAAUGAAACAAAAGAAGUAGUAAAGACUGUGAUCAUGAAGGGAAAAGCCCCAGUGGACCCAGAAUGCAGUGCCAAACUGGGAAAGGCCCAUGUGUACAGCGAAGGAAACGAAGUGUAUGAUGUCAUGCUGAACCAGACCAAUCUUCAGUUCAACAACAACAAAUACUACCUGAUCCAGCUGUUGCAAGAUGAUAACGCCAAGGCCUAUAGCGUGUGGAUGAGAUGGGGCAGGGUGGGUAAAGUUGGACAGAGCAGUUUGUCGACAUGUGGUGGUGAUCUUGCCAAAGCUAAAGAUCUCUUCAAGAAAAAAUUUUUGGACAAAACAAAAAAUGACUGGGAAAGUAGGGCAACAUUUGAGAAGAUUCCUGGGAAAUACGACAUGAUAUUUAUGGACUACAGCACCAAUGACAAGGAGGAGGCUGAGGUGAAGGAGGAGAAGGAGGCUCCUGUCCAGAAAAAGGUUUCUACAUUGGACAUCAAAGUGCAGAACCUUCUGGAGCUCAUAUGUGACCUCAAAGCCAUGGAGGAAUGUGUGCUGGAAAUGAAGUUUGAUACCAGAAAGGCUCCACUCGGUAAGCUGACCCCAGAGCAGAUUCGUGCUGGUUAUGCGUCUCUGAAGAGGAUUGAAGACUGCCUGAAGAGGAAGGGAAGCAACAAGGACCUCCUGGAGGCCUGUAACCAGUUCUACACCCGCAUCCCCCAUGACUUUGGGCUGCGCACUCCACCAGUUAUCCGCACAGAGGAAGAGCUGAAGGACAAAAUAGCAUUGUUGGAGGCGUUGGGUGACAUUCAGAUAGCUGUGAAGAUGGUUCAGUCGAGCGCCAACAAGGACGAGCAUCCGCUGGACAUACAGUACCGUUCUCUCCAAUGCCAACUGCAGCCUCUACCUGCGGCCAGCAAUGAAUUCCAGGUGAUUGAGAAAUAUCUGCAGUCCACUCAUGCCUCCACUCACAGUGACUACACCAUGAAUGUGCUGGACAUUUUUGCGGUGGAACGGGAGGGAGAGAACAACAGUUUCCUCUCCCAGCUACACAACAGGAUGCUGCUGUGGCAUGGUUCUCGUCUGUCCAACUGGGUGGGCAUUCUGAGCCAGGGCCUAAGGGUUGCCCCUCCAGAGGCACCGGUCACAGGUUACAUGUUUGGCAAGGGGAUUUACUUUGCUGACAUGUCAUCUAAAAGCGCCAACUACUGCUUUGCCAAUCAGAAGAACAACAUUGGAAUCCUCUUGCUCAGUGAGGUUGCCCUGGGAGACUGUAAAGAGUAUAUGGCUGCUGAUUACAAUGCAAGCAGUCUGCCUGCUGGGAAACACAGUACUAAAGGCCUGGGGCAAACAGCUCCUGAUCCCAAGAACUUUGUCACACUGGAUGGCGCCACUGUGCCUAUGGGGCCUGGCAUGAAGACUGGCGUGGGGCAGAGCGGAGGCUACAGUCUCCUGUACAACGAGUUCAUUGUAUACAAUCCUGCACAGACACGCAUGAGAUACCUCCUGAGAGUGCAGUUCAACUACCCAUCACUGUGGUGACACCACUGCACCCACUUUGGAAAGAAAAAUGCCUUGAAUGAAGAGUUAAUGACAUCCUUAAUGUUAUGUGCUUAGAAAUAGCAGUUGGAAAGGGUUUAGAAAAUAAAUAAGCUUGGUUAAAAGGAUGUUUGUUUUAUUACACUAAUGUGCAAUGAGUUGUUUAUGUGAAAUAUUGUUACAAUAAAAUGGUAUGUUUUGGUAUUCA